GUGUGUGGUUCUGGUACCACCUCGCUCCUUAAGAUCCGCGACUCUGGCGGUGCGGAUAUAUAAAGCGCAGGGCGCACUGUGAUCAUCAAGUCAGUGCAGUCUGCGACUCCCACAAGACGAACCAAAUUUUCUCACCAUGAACCGAUUGAUCGUAGGUCUCUUCGCCUUGGCGACCGUCGCCCUGGCCGCUCCUCUGGACAACACAACUCCAGUCCCAAUCCUCCAGCAGGCACAGGACGGUCCGAACCCCGAUGGAUCUUACAGCUGGAGCUACGAGACCGGAAACGGAAUCCAGGCCCAGGAGCAAGGCCAGCUGGUGAAUGUGGGAACCGACAAGGAAGGCAUGGCCGUGCAGGGAGGCUACAGCUACACCGGAGAAGACGGCGUGCCGGUUCAACUCACGUACAUCGCCGACGAGAAUGGAUUCCAGCCCCAGGGUGCCCAUCUCCCGACCCCACCCCCAAUCCCCCAAGAGAUCCUCGAGGCUCUCGCGUACAUAGCGGCUCACCCUGAGGAAAAUGACAUCGACGCACCCAAGCAGCCGUACAACUAAGGAUACACUCCGCAGCCAUCGGCCUACCCUGCAAUCCAUCCAGUAUCCUAACGUCG